AUGGCAGAAUCUUCAUCAACCAAAAGCAGUCUGUUUUUUAUUUUUAUUAUUUUUGAAAUUUUUGUAUUCGGCCUUGCGACAACCGAAAGCAAUCUUAGAUUAGCCGGCAAAGUAGUCAUCAUUACCGGAGGUGCCAGCGGUAUCGGCAAAGAGACGGCUCAUCUUUUUGCCAAACAAGGUGCACGUAUGGUGGUGAUUGCUGAUAUUCAAGACAAAUUGGGAAUUCAAGUGGCUGAAUCCAUUGGUACUGAUAAGUGCAGAUUUAUUCAUUGUGAUAUUAGAAUUGAAGAUGAUGUCAAAAAUCUUGUUCAAUUAACUGUCGAUACUUAUGGACAAGUAGAUAUUAUGCACUGCAAUGCUGGGAUUAUAAGUCCAAGUGAUCAAACCUUGUUGGAGCUUAACGUUUCUCAAGCUAAUGGUGUGUUUGCAACUAAUGCUAUAGGAACCGCAUUGUGUGUAAAAUACGCCGCACGGGCGAUGGUGGCGGCUAAGGUGAGGGGUAGCAUUGUGUGCACGGCGAGCAUAGCUGGUAGCUACGGUGUUACGACGGGGACAGAUUACUCAAUGUCAAAGCAUGCAGUAAUAGGGUUAAUGCGCUCAGCGAGUGUGCAACUUGCAAAAUAUGGUAUAAGAGUGAACUCUGUGUCGCCAAAUGGAUUAGCAACACCAUUGACUGAGAAAUUGCUACACGCGGAUGCCAAGACAGUGGAAGCGAUUUUUUCAAAAUACUCGAUGUUGAAGGGAGUCGUUCUAAGGACUAAAAACGUGGCAGAUGCAGUGUUGUUUUUGGCAUCUAAUGAGUCUGCUUUUGUCACUGGUUUUGAUCUUCGUCUGGAUGGAAACUAUAUUACUAGCCCCGAUGUAAUUUGA